AGACAAAGAAACUUGAGAGUCUCCGCAAGAUCAACUGCUUUCAGCUCCAUUUUACGAAGGUUCGCGAUUUUAGGCGAGAACCAAGUCACCACCAAAACGAUGGAUAAGAUGACAAGGGAAAUGAACUUCAACACGCUCCAUGCUGUAUCAGGGAAAAGAAUAAGCGAGUUUACCAUGGAACAUCUCAAAAACGCAUCAAUCAGCUCAUGGCUUUCAGUCAUCGCUCUAUCGUUCACAGCAUAUUGGCUCCUAUUGAUAGGAUACCGCCUAACCCUACACCCAUAUGCAAAGUAUCCUGGCCCUAGAAUUGCUGCAGUCUCCGAAUUGUGGUUUGCGUAUUACUGGCUACGCGGUCGCUGGCCAUGGGCAGUUGAGAAGGGGUUUGAAGAGUAUGGCGAUGUCGUACGAAUCGCACCCAAUGAGAUCGCCAUAUUUGGGUACAAGCCGAUAGUUGACGUCUUGUUGCCUGGAAAAACGGAUGAUGCGCAGGCUUUCUUGAAGACCGAAGAGCUUGGAGCUCUUGCAGGAAAGCACAAGGGUUUUGCUGCUGAUACAGAUCCAAAAAUCCAUCGUUAUGUCAGAAAGGCCAUGGAACCAAGCUUCAACAUGAAUGCGAUCAAGCGAUGGCAGGAGCCCGUCUUGCAUAAGCAUUACGACCGAUUCAUUCGGAAGGUCGAUGAGGCUUGCCGAAGGGGUCCUAUCAACUUGACGGAGUGGAAUGAGUGGCUAAGCAUGGAUCUUGCCGGUGACUUGACAUUUGGACAUGACUACGGCAACAUAGAAAAGGGUAAAGCCGGAGAGUUCCUGGAGACAUUUUCAAAGUUGAGCUUCUGGGGCACCGUGAACCAGGUCUCUACACGCUUCCCCCUUCUUUACCCGUUCGUGCUGCUUGCCUUAAGUCCUAGCUUAGCGACAGUGGCGCCGAAACUCCAGCGCAUCAACAGUAAGUAUAUCAACGAUCGAAUCCGCCUCAGAGAUUCCCUCGAACACGAAGACUUCAUGUCAUCUCUUAUCAAAGAGGGUGGAGAACCGCCCGAAGUCGACUUUCUUGUUGCACAGAGCAUGAACGUGGUCAUAGGCAACGCCGAAGCCACUUCCAACAUGUUCACGGUGUCAGUACAUUUUCUCGGCAUGCAUCAAGACAAACUCGAAAAGCUAAAGAUGGAUAUUCGGGAUCGAUUUACUUCCUACGAGGACAUCAAAUCCGACAAUGUGCAGAAUAUUACAUGGCUCAAUGCUGUCAUCAACGAGGGUCUUCGACUAGCCACUCAGGGCACUUCCGGUUUACCUCGCAUCAGCCCUGGCGGUUUCGUUGAUGGCCACUACAUUCCGAAAGGGUACCGCGUUCAAACUAGCUUCUGGGCAGUCUUCCACUCGGAGCGUUACUUUGCGAAACCACGAGAAUUUCACCCGGAGAGAUGGCUUCCGAAAGAUCAUCCAGAUUAUGGAAAAGAAUUUGAAAAUGACAAGCUUUCUGUUUUCCAGCCUUUCAGUAUCGGCACCCGAGGCUGCAUAGGUCGUAAGACGGGGCUCUUGCAGGCGCAGCUGAUGAUCUCCAAGAUGGUGUGGGCCUUGGACUGGGAGCACGUCAAUCAAGGCGAGAUGGACUGGGAACGAGAUCUAAGAAGAUACGCUAUGAACCAAUUGCCCCAGGUCGUUGUCCGUUUCCAGAAGAGAUCUACAUAG